AUGACAAACGGCAACAUUAGCGCCCAUGGCUCUGCCACACCGGCAGAUGCUACCACUCCAACAGCCUCUACUCCCGCAUCUGUCGCUGCACCGAUCCGCGCACCCGCACCUCAGCGGCGUCGGCGUGCUGCCGUUGAUCCGGCCGCUUCGUGGCGCCUUGGAGUUAUCGACCUGGACGAUAUCGUGGCGCGUGUGCCAAACGGGAACACUCCUCUAGGUGCUGACGACGACACCCUCGCGUACUUCGACGCAGACGAAAUCGACUGCCAUGGCGAAGACGGCGCCGACGACGACGCCGAUGCAGCGACGCCCAUCGACAAAAAAGGGUGGGAGCCGGCGGAAGUCAUGCAGCUGGCGUGGAUCCGCCACGACUUCGACGAGCAAUAUCGGAAUCUGUGCCGCCUGCAAGGCCAGAACCGAGACGUCAUGCUCUACGAGCAAGUCUGUCUUCGUCACCCCGGAUGGCGCCAUGGUCUCGCAGCCACGAAAGCCAAGGUUUUCCGUAUGGAGGCUCAGUGGCGGAAGGUGUCGGAUUUAUUGCUAAAACCUUCAGGGAAGGGGAAGCCCCCUAAAAUGCCUAUUUUCUAUGACAUAUUCGACAGGUUCCUAGGGGAUCAUGUGGCGUCUCCUACCACCGCAUCAGCGGUGUCUGCAGGGCCCGAUGGCGUAGCGGCAUCAGCAAGCCGAGCGCAGUCGGCUCGUCGCUCACCCAAUCCCCGCCGAGUGACGGCUUCGCCUGGUCACUCUCCUUCGCGCCAGCCAUUUUCGUCUCCGUCUACGUCUGCGCUUGCGCCGGACGUGUCCCCCGCCGCUGCCACCGCCAUUGCAUCUCCAUCCCGUUCACACGUCGUCGGCGCGAACGCGGGCGUUGCGCUCCGUGGCCGCGGUGUCUCCCGCCGGCCUGGGCCUGCGGCUGCCGAAGAGGAACAUUCGGGCAACGACACAAUGGGAGGUGGUGUUGGUAACCACAUGAAGUCAAGUGAUUCAGUGCUGUGUGCUGAAAUAGCGGGGAUAAUUGCGCAAUCGGUAAAAGGGGCUAUGCGGGACCAAUUUGAUGAGUUUUUAGAACGUACCCAAGAGAUGGUUGAGAGAGCUCAGGAUGCCCGAGCCUCCAGGAAGCGUAGAAGUACGCCGCCAGGCGAGAUCGAUGACGAGUUGGAGUAA